CGAGCCCCUCCCCGCGCCGCCGCCUCCUCCCUGCGGGCCCAUCUCCAGCGGGAGCGCCAGACGCGGGUCGCUCGGCCGCGGCGCAGCUCGGGAACGCACGGGCGCCCCCGGCCCGCGUCGGAGCCUCCGGUCCUGCCGCCCGCCGCGGGCGCGGAGCCCAACGCAGAAGCGGCCGCGCACCCGCCGCGGCGGUGGAUCGUCGGUCCCCGGCGGCUCCGGCGGCUCCAGCUUCUCCGGCGUCUCCGGCUGCUGCUGCUGCUGCUGCUGCUGCUCCACCUCCUCCUCCUUCGUCUUCGUCUUCUUCCCCCCUCUUUUCCUUUUCCGCCCUUUGCGGGGUUCGCCAACCGCGUUACAUGCAUGUCCAGUGGGGGAAGGUUUAAUUUUGACGACGGAGGGUCCUACUGUGGAGGCUGGGAGGACGGCAAGGCGCACGGCCAUGGCGUCUGCACCGGCCCCAAGGGCCAAGGCGAAUACACCGGCUCUUGGAGCCACGGCUUCGAGGUCCUGGGCGUCUACACCUGGCCCAGCGGCAACACGUACCAGGGCACCUGGGCGCAGGGCAAGCGCCACGGCAUCGGCUUGGAGAGCAAGGGGAAGUGGGUGUACAAGGGCGAGUGGACGCACGGAUUCAAGGGGCGCUAUGGGGUGCGGGAGUGCACGGGCCACGGAGCCAAGUACGAAGGGACGUGGAGCAACGGCCUGCAGGACGGCUACGGGACCGAGACGUAUCCGGACGGAGGUACCUACCAGGGCCAGUGGGUGGGCGGCAUGCGGCAGGGCUAUGGCGUGCGGCAGAGUGUCCCCUAUGGCAUGGCCGCUGUCAUCCGCUCGCCUCUGAGGACGUCUAUCAACUCCUUGCGGAGUGAGCACGCCAACGGGGCGGCGCUGCACCCCGAUGGAGCCCCAGGCCUGGCGGGCAGUCCGGCCGUGUCCCGUGGUGGCUUCGUACUGGUGGCCCACAGCGACUCGGACAUCCUCAAGAACAAGAAAAAGGGCCUGUUCCGUCGCUCGCUACUCAGCGGCCUGCGGCUACGCCGCUCCGAGUCCAAGAACAGCCUGGCCAGCCAGCGCAGCAAGCAGAGUUCUUUCCGCAGUGAGGCGGGCAUGAGCACCGUGAGCUCCACAGCCAGCGACAUCCACUCCACCAUCAGCUUGGGUGAGGGAGAGGCUGAGCUAUCGGCCAUCGAGGACGACAUUGAUGCCACCACCACCGAGACAUAUGUGGGCGAGUGGAAGAAUGACAAGCGGGCCGGCUUUGGCGUCAGCCAGCGCUCUGAUGGGCUUAAAUUUGAGGGCGAGUGGGCCAGCAACCGGCGGCAUGGUUAUGGUUGCAUGACCUUCCCUGAUGGGACCAAGGAGGAGGGCAAGUACAAGCAGAACGUGCUGGUCAGCGGCAAGCGCAAAAACCUUAUCCCACUGCGUGCCAGCAAGAUCCGUGAGAAGGUGGACAGGGCUGUGGAGGCAGCUGAGCGGGCUGCCACCAUUGCCAAGCAGAAGGCUGAGAUUGCUGCCUCCAGGACCUCCCAUUCCCGGACCAAGGCGAAGGCGGCACUCACAGCGGCCCAGAAGGCGCAGGAGGAAGCGCGGGUGGCCAGGGUCACUGCCAAAGAAUUCUCACCGUCCUUCCAGCACCGGGAGGACGGGCUCGAGUACCAGCGGCCGAAGCAUCAGCUGUCGAGUGAUGCCUUGGAGGUGACCUCUACGGGGACACCCCUGCAGGAGAGCCCCGAACUUUACCGCAAAGGCACGACGCCCUCUGACCUCAGCCCCGACGCCAGCCCUGACGCCAGCCCGCCACCUGCCCCGCGCAACCAGCUGCCACAUCUGGCGCGGCAGGUGUCCAUGGAUGAGGAGCGGGGCAGCCACAUCCAGGUGCUGCUGGAGGCCAGGCCCGGGGACCAUGCCCGUGGCAGUUGGGCUGAGAAGGGCUCAGCCCGGGGCUCAGGCCACAAGCAGCCUGGGAACCCCAAGGCCCAGGAACGCAGGCCUGAGUCACCCACUUGCUUCUCCUGGACUUCCCAGCCCCGGGCAGCCGCGCCAGGUGGCACUGUCAGACUGGCCGAGCUGGAUGAAAAGUUGAGCAAGUACGAGAUGGAGCUGAGACCGCUGCUGCGGGUGGAUGCGGCCUUGCAGGAACCGCACCCCCAGAAAUGGCGCCACAGCAAGGGCGAGGACCAUCAUGCCGAGGACCGGGCCUUCGGGGUGUCAAGACAACGGGCCAAAGGCCAGAACAGCAGCCGGCCAGUGGCAGAGCCCUCUGUGCAGCGGCUGGGGAGCCUGCGGCUGGGAGGCCGCACUGAGCCGCGGUUGCUGCGCUGGGACCUCACCUUCUCCCCACCCCAGAGCUCCUCACCAGUGGCACUGGAGUCGGAUGGAGAGUCCUCGGACCAGCUCAAGACCAGCUCGGGCUCUGCCCCGCUCCUGGUCGCCAUGGUGAUCCUGCUGAACAUCGGCAUCGUGAUCCUAUUCAUCAACUUCUUCAUCUGAAGGACCGAGCGAGCCCCAAGGGGCCAGACUCAGCCCGUGACCCUCGGGCCAGCCCCGGGCCCAUGCAAUUGGGUCUUAUCACAGUUUGCCUUUUUUUCUGGGUAAUGUUUUUGGAUUCUAGUCAAACUCCUUUGCUUGUCUAACUGCGCUGUGUGGCAUGGCAGAGGUCGACGCUCGCCGACCUGUCCCUCUAGCCUGGCGUGGGGGGACAGGGAUCCCAUCCUGGGAAGGGUCCCUGAGUGUCAACCAGGCCCUUUACGCGGCAGGAGAGACCCAUGCUGUGAGGAAGCAGAGACCCUGCCCCGCAGCUGGAUCCUGUGUCCCCUGCUGUCCAGCCCCAGGAGGCCAUCUGGGGGUUGGUGCCAAGGACAGGCCAUCCUUCCUGGAGUCUCUGCCUCCUUGCCAGCCUUGUUCCUUUACCCCAACACCAGGAUGAGGCUCAGCUCAGAGCACAGGGGUGGGGGGCCCUCCCCUCGGUCCCACCCCCUGCCAGGCACCACGUCAGGACUCUGCUACUUCCGUCUCGCUGCCUGCCUUCGGCCCUCUGGAGCAGUUCUUUCCUACACGCACUGGAUCGCUAUAUUUUUAACCAAAUAAACCGGACGUUAGAGCAUG